AUAAUAAAGCAAGAGUGUUUUUCAAUUUUAAUUUUAUUCGUAUUCGCGACGUACCGUAAGCAAGAACGAAACUUCUCACAAACAACACAGUGUUCAUCGGCAUUUAGAUUUUGCUAGCACCAACUUUUUAGCUUUGGAAUAUACAUAUUUGCGCAAUCAAAAAUAAUUAUGGCUUUUUUAAACAAGCUUACAGCCACGCCUUUGCGUCAAUUGACAUCUCGCAGUUAUGCCGCAGUUUCUCACGUCAUACCUACUGGUCCCUCCUUCGGCAUUACCGAUGACCAGAAACAAUUUCAGGACCUUACACGCAAAUUUGUACGUGAAGAAAUUAUACCGGUUGCGGCCCAUCAUGAUAAAACUGGCGAGUAUCCAUGGGAUAUUGUCAAGAAGGCAUGGUCAUUGGGCUUGAUGAAUAAUCAUGUACCAGCCGAUAUCGGUGGCAUGGAUAUUGAUUGUUAUACAAGUUGUCUAAUUGCCGAAGAGUUGGCAUACGGUUGCACCGGUAUCAUGACAGCGCUAGAAGCGAGUGGUUUGGGUCAAACACCUGUUAUCAUUGGUGGUAACCAAGAGCAGAAGAAGAAAUAUUUAGGACGCCUAUUGGAGGAACCUAUAGUUGCCGCUUAUGCAGUUACCGAACCUGGUGCCGGUUCCGAUGUUAACGGCAUUAGAACGAAAGCUGAGCGCAAAGGUGACGAGUACAUUUUGAAUGGGCAGAAAAUGUGGAUCACAAACGGUGGCGUGGCAAAUUGGUACUUCGUGCUGGCACGCACCAAUCCCGAUCCCAAAGCGCCCGCCUCUAAAGCUUUCACCGGCUUCAUUGUCGACCGUGACACACCCGGUCUUACGCCUGGUCGUAAGGAACAAAAUAUGGGGCAACGCGCGUCUGACACACGCGGCAUCACUUUCGAAGAUGUACGUGUUCCCAAGGAGAAUGUGCUGAUCGGUGAAGGUGCCGGUUUCAAAAUCGCCAUGGGUACUUUCGAUAAAACGCGACCACCUGUGGCUGCUGGUGCUGUCGGCUUGGCGCAACGUUGUUUAGACGAAGCAUUGAAAUACUCGUUGGAACGUAAAACUUUCGGUGUACCAAUCGCCUAUCAUCAAGCUGUACAAUUCAUGCUCGCCGACAUGGCGAUCGGUGUGGAAACAUCUCGUCUGGCUUACCGCUUGUCGGCAUGGGAAGUAGAUCAGGGCCGUCGUAACAGCUACUACGCUUCGAUAGCCAAGUGCCAUGCGGCGGAUAUGGCGAACAAGAUUGCCAGCGAUGCUGUACAGAUUUUCGGCGGCAACGGCUUCAACACCGAAUAUCCCGUCGAAAAGUUGAUGCGUGAUGCUAAAAUUUAUCAAAUAUACGAAGGUACAUCGCAAAUUCAACGUCUAAUCAUCUCCAGAAAUAUGUUGGAGGAAGCCAAACAGUCAGCUAAAUAAGUUAAGAAUAUAUUUAUUUAUGUAAAAUAUGUACUGAAAAAUCUAAAUUAAAUUUAUGUAAGUUUUUUACGAAC